AUGGGUACAUGCGAGGGUAGAGAAAUCAGUGUAGAUUCUGAUGGUUCCAGUGAAGGAUCUGAAAGUACCUCAGGGGGAUCGGGAGACAGCGAUGACGUUGAGCCAGACGAUGAGGAUGAGGUGGUUCGUGGGGCUGAACCAUAUAGAUUCGAGCCACUGGCAAGACCACGCCAACAGCAAGGUGACGCUGCUGCUGCUGACGACGCCGACCCCGAUGAAGAACAAGAUGGGAAUGACCAAGCUGCCAACAACGAACGAUUGAACAAUACCGACUGGUGUUCCUGUGGUAAAUGUGUGGUGAUGGAGUUCGUUCAUAACUGCAUUUGCUGUAAAGAGAUUGCAGCCAUACAGGAGAAAAUUGUUCAUACUGGAGUCGACACUGAGGGUUUCAGAUGUUUUACAGACCAUCCCUGGUAUUCGGCUACAUGUCUGAACCCCGGAACACUAGAGACAGCGUACUAUGCGUACCGACAACAGUAUGGGGCUAGAGCUGUUGAAGGUGACCUUCCACGAAAGUACAGACAUGUGUCUUAUCGGCAGGUGAUCGGGUGGUGUAAUGGUUACCUUGGAAGACACAACAGAGUGCCCCUCCCAGCAUGCAUAAUGGAGAUAACCAGAACGACUUUCCCCGAUGAAGGAGGCAACUAUGAAGGGUUUAGAUUUCCUGACCUUGAUGACAUGUAGAUUUACAAUAUAAUAACACAUAACUGGAUGUCAGUAACACUUUUACAUGGUUUAGGAGUAAAUAUACACUUUACAAUGUAAAUAUGAUGAUAGUCUUUCAAAAAUGAGACUGAACGGUCAAGCGUUUUUGUUAAGUUUACAAAAGAGGCCUUUGCAUUUUUUUUUUUUUUUUUUUUUUUUACAAAAUAUUUUACAUUCAAAGUUAUUUGAAUCUAUUUGAGGGAACGCCAUGUCAAAUUCAAUUUUGUGAUGCACUCAUGGACGAGUAGGAAAAAUAAAACAGAAUUUGUAUUUUACAAUAAAAAAAACGUACAUGUGUUUGUUAAUAUUUAAUAGUCAUAGACCUCACCAUGAUGUCAAAUUUGAAAAAUACGUUGUUACAUUUUUAUUUGAAAAUGUAGUGGUAGCCAUGGCUAGUUAUAUUGGUCGAGUUCAGUCGAAUAGUAUUCUAGUGUGCAAACCAAGUAACAAUAAAUGCAUGCUGAAAUGAAUGCAUAAUGAAUA